AUAAGCCACAUUUCUAAAAAUUAAAAUUACAAAUUUUCAGUUUUCUGCAAUACAAUGCAAUUGCAAUUAGCAUACAAUACAAUCUAGUCCACCCGACAGCCCCCGACACGAGGAAAGACUGUAGAUGUUCAAUGGUGAAUUUAUUUGGUGUAGUUUUCUCGAAGGUCGAUGACAAACUAUAACGGGAUUGUAAAAUGCGGAUUUAUGGAAAUAAAGUUGCCAAGAAAGCAGCGAAAAGUCAUGAAAAAGGCUUGGAAGAAAAAAUGGUUUGUCUUGCGGCGUAAAACCUCUGCCGGUGUUGCCAGGCUAGAAUGUUAUCGCAGUGAGUUGGCUUGCAUAAAUGGGCAGUGCAAGCGCUGGAUACCGCUCAAAGAUGUGUCAGUGAACGAUUCAAAAACCUCAAAGACACACAAUAAUGUAUUUGAGCUGAUUUCUAGGAAAAGCAAAUAUGUGUUUUCUGUUGAGUCACUAGCCGAGCGUGCGGAAUGGAUAGCAAUGAUUAAUGAUGUUACAAAAAUUAGACAAGACAAAUUAGUACCUUCGUCUGUGUUUGGUUUGAUUCAAGAAUGUGAAAAUGACCCCGAGCAGUUACGAGUGACUAUUAUAAAUACUCAGGACUCGGAACGGCUUCAUCUGGACGGGGAUUAUAUCAUGAGCGUCGAGGAGAAAUUUCUCAGCCUUUACGACAUCGAAACGGGUGUCCUGGCGACGAAGUGGAGUCUUCAGAAUCUGCCAAGAUUCAAGCUUCGAAAGGUAUCGAAACUUCAAGAUCUUGAUAUGAUCUUGGUGAUAUGGGCUUCAAGAGAGUGUAAAAACAGAAGAGGUGAAUAUCAUUUUCUAACGCGUCAAGGCAAGGAAAUCAUGACCGCCAUUAAAAUGGAGACGUGUCGUCUGGCAACGCAGAAAAUACAAAUGUCUGAUAAAAAUAGCACACCAACGAAGCCUAACCCUCAGGCGGACGAACAAAGCGAACCAAAAGACACUCCUGUCAAAGACGAACUUCGUGAAUGAAAACCGCUCAUGGAAACUGAAAAUAUGGAAAGAGUUGUCCAAAAAAAAGUAAUCCGACCAUUAGCUAUACACUAGAAAUGAACGUUUGAAAACCUCGUAUGAAAACUUUGAGUCCUCAUUAGAAAUUGGUCAUGAAUGAAAUAGAAUAGUACAGCCUGUAAAUAUCUAAAUCUAAGUAUCUGGACCCCAUAAAAAAAGUUUCCGAAAUCGA